AUGAAGAUUCUAGUUGUACUAUGGACUGUAUCUUUGGUAAGAUUAUGCAGUGCAGGCUGUUGUGGAAAGAGUAAGACCACUGAUAACGAUAAUGGAGCUUAUGGUGAAUCUAAAGAGAAUCUGAGGAACACACAUAAACCAUCUGGGCAGUCUGUAGCUAGCCCACAAGUUAAAAGAGGCGUUGAACAAUCUACUAACGAAGCCACUCCACAGGCACCUCAGAAUCCUCCUAAGGAUCCUACAACUAGUAAGGAAUCUCCAGUUGUGCAACCAGCUCCUCAACAAACAGCCAAACCAGGGUCAGUUCCUGAAGAUAAACAGGAGCAAAAACCAGCUAAAAAUCUCCAGGGUAGUGUCAAGAAAGAACAUGCUCAACAAGGACAAACUCAAGCGAAUGCACAGCCUGCCGAUAAACCCGUAGAAUCUCCAGAAACAGCUGAGGAUAUUCAAACUGAUGAAGCUCAAGGUGAUCAACCUACUCAAUCUCCUACUCAAUCUCUUCAGGCUCCUACUGCAGGUCGCUCUAGUCAGUCUACUCCUGCUGAUGAAUCUCCAAAACCUACCAAUCCAGUUACUCUUAACCUUACCGAUCCUGAUGAGUCCAAGUUAGAUGUGCAUACAGAAACAAAAUCAGAGGUAACUGUUAAGUACCAUUAUCCAAAGGAUACUUCCAAGGAUACUACUGUUAUGGACGGUAAUAAGGAACUAUGGACCGGUGGAGCCAAUGAUCGUUGUCUUUCUUGUCUUAUAUAUAAGAAGGGGUCUAUGGAAUUACUUAAGAUAGUUGUAGUAGAGAGUGGUUCAACUGUCUACAAGUACUUUGAAAAGUGUGAUGAGGAGUGGAAGAAGAUCGAUAAGAAGGACUAUGAUCAGAAGCUUACUGACAUGAGUAAAUCUGUAUCAUCUCCUAAUCCUUCUUCGCAUCCUUCUACUCAAUCUAAAUAG